AUGUCGGAGCUCAGCGAUGAAGCCAGUGAGCCAGAACUCCUGAACUGCAGCUUGUCCAUGUGGCAUGGGCUAGGUGCUCAGGUCGGCCGGGAGGAGCUGGCCGUCCCCUUGGAUCUUCACACAGCUGCUUCCAUUGGCCAAUAUGAAGUGGUGAAGGAAUGUGUGCAGCGCAGAGAGUUAGAUUUGAAUAAGAAGAAUGGUGGUGGCUGGACCCCGCUGAUGUAUGCUUCCUACAUUGGACAUGAUACCAUCGUGCACCUGCUGCUUGAGGCAGGGGUGAGUGUGAAUGUGCCGACCCCUGAAGGGCAGACUCCACUGAUGCUGGCUUCCAGCUGUGGCAACGAGAGCAUCGCCUACUUUCUCCUCCAGCAAGGUGCCGAGCUGGAAAUGAAGGACAUUCAAGGCUGGACUGCCCUCUUCCACUGCACCAGCGCUGGGCACCAGCAGAUGGUCAAGUUCCUUUUGGACAGUGGAGCGAAUGCCAACGUGAGGGAACCAGUAUAUGGAUUUACUCCUUUGAUGGAAGCAGCUGCCUCUGGCCAUGAAAUAAUUGUGCAGUAUUUUCUCAAUCAUGGAGUCAGAGUGGACACGAGAGACCACAGUGGAGCCACAGCCCGGAUGCUGGCCAAGCAGUAUGGACACAUGAAGAUCGUGGGGUUGAUAGACGCUCACUCUCCUACUCUGCCCAAGAACCUCUAUCGGAGCCCAGAAAAAUUUGAAGAUCUAAGCUCUUCAGAUGAAUCCUGCCCUGUUCCCCAGAGACAGAGGCCCUGUCGGAAGAAGGGCCUCAGCAUCCAUGAGGGGCCGCGAGCCUUGGCCAGGAUCACAGCCAUCGGCCUCGGAGGCAAGAUGCAGCAGGCUUGCUGUGAGCAGGUGCCUCUGCGGGGCUAUGUCACCUUCAACAGCAGUGAUGAGAACCCCCUGGAGGCGGGCGGCCUCUGUUACAGGGACGUCACCUCCCCAAUCAAUGACCGGGAUGUGGAGAGCAGCAGCAGCAGCAGUCGGGAGGAGCACGCCUUCUGUGCCAACCUGGGGGUCGCGAGGCGCAGCAGCAGCAGCGAGGGCCUGGCGAGAGCCCCAGGAGUCAGCAGCGAGGCCUCUCUGGAGAGCAACGAGGAUUCGGAUCAUGCGUGUCAAAGCUCGGUUCGCAAGCAAACUAAAAGUUACAUGAAGACCAAGAAUCGUUACAGCAACAGUGACGGCCAGUGGCCCGCCAGCACUGGGCCGGCUGGUGCAGCCUGCUCCCCAGGAUCCGUUUCCCAGACGGAGAGGUCCCUCUGUUCAGGACCCCAGGACCUCGCCACACUGCUGGAGCAGAUUGGGUGUCUCAAGUACCUGCAGGUGUUUGAGGAGCAGGACGUGGACCUCCGCAUUUUCCUGACCCUCACCGAGAGCGACCUGAAGGAAAUCGGCAUCACCUUGUUUGGGCCUAAGAGGAAGAUGACCUCUGCCAUUGCCCGCUGGCACAGCAGUGCCCGGCCACCCAGCGAUGCUCUGGAGCUGGCGUAUGCCGACCGGCUAGAAGCUGAGAUGCAGGAGCUGGCCAUCCAGCUGCACAAACGCUGUGAGGAGGUGGAGGCCAUGCGAGGCCAGGUGUCGCAGGAACAGGAGCUGCGGGCGGUGGUGGAGAGCUGCCUCCUGGAGCAGGACGGUGCCCGGAAGGACGUGCACGCCCAGCUGCAGGAGACCUGGGCCCUGGCCCGGGACGCUGCGCUCGUCUUGGAUCAGCUGCGAGCUUGUCAAGCCGAGUUGUCAGCCAGAGUGAAGCAGGAAGAGUCCACCCGAGGGCUCCCCCAGGGCCCGGCCCUCCCCACGGCUGAUUCCAAAGGCUGGCAGGCUUCCCUGCAGGCUCUGAGCCUCCCCGAGCUUUCCGGAGCACUGGAGGAUCGAGUCCAGGAAAUGGGGCGAGUGCUAUGCUCAGUGACCCAGAGCUUGGAGAAGCUGCAAGUGCUGAACGGGAAGGAGAACUGGCGGGAGCCUUAG